UUUUUUCUGCAAAUUCAAUGUUUCGACUGUCUUUAGUUGAAGCUUUUCCCUACAAAUCAAUGGCGUUUCAACUCAAAACCCGACCCGAACCCGUUUAUAUACCUUCAUCAUCUUCCCUUGUUUUCUGAAUUGACAGAACUGAACUUUCUACAGUAAGUAGUUUUUUUUUUUUCAAUCAGAAACAAUGGAAACCGUAAAGCUUCACGAAGAAGAAGAAGAAGAAGGUUCAGCAAUUGUAGCUCUCGGCUCUUUGUUCAAGCUUACUGAAGUUCAUCUUUCAGAUUAUUCGCAAGAAGGGAAGGUUUUGUUGGAAUCUGCGAACACUGAUGUCUACAAAAGUAAUGCAUCCCCACUAAAUGUCUUGGCAGAUUUUGGCUCUUUACCGGAAGAUUUGGAGCUUGCCAGACAAAUGAAUGAAAUGGGCCUUCCUGUUUCAUUCCACACUAAAAAGGAGCAGAAGAGAAAUCGAACAGUUAAGGGAAAAAGAAAGGAUGGAAAGAAGAAGAUUCUUUCGUCGUGCGAGAAUACCCAGGAUGAAGUGCUAACUUCAAUACAAGAGCUGAAGGAAGAAUUUGAGCCUAAUGGUACUCUGCAUGGCAACUCAAACAAGGAUUCUUCCUGCUUGUCACUUCUUGGACAAAGGGAAUUCUCAUCCUUCUAUACUGGGGAUGGUGAUUAUCAUCGUCUUAAUGGUGGAGAGGAAGGUUUGAACAAUUUGAGUGCUGGUAGUGCUCACACAUCCCUUGAAUGCAUUGAUUGCAAUCAGCAAUCGGGUCUUCGUCUGGAUAAUACAAAGGAUAAUGUCUCUAUAUGUGAAAAAGUUCAAGUGGAAAAAGAUGUUGGAGUAAUGGUUGGCUCAAGUGUGGAAUGUGGAAACCAUGCAGAAAGCUGUCCAAAAAAUAGCAAUGUUGACAGUAGAUGUAUCAGUGGAGAGGCAUUAAAUGGUCAUUGUGAGGAAAAUCCCUUAAAUGGAGAGCAGAUGGAGUAUGCCUGUAUGGAAUGUUCUUUAUCUGCAGAGCAAGUGGAGUCUAUUGCUACACAAUCGGCUGAACAUCGCACAGAAGAUGGGCUACUCUGCGAUGUUGUCGGUGAAGAAUUAAAUAGUUGUAAAGCAACUAAUAAUAAUUGUGAAGGAACUACUAAUGAUUGGAGAUUUUAUUGGGACAAUGAUUACCAAAGGAACUACUUUUAUAACAUUGUGACUAUGCAAUGUACUUGGGAUCCACCUCCAGGAAUGGACGACCUGAUAUUUACUAAUUUUACUACCAAACAACCAGAAACAGCACUUGAGAUGGUGGAGUUGGAUGAUGCAGAUUUAAAAGAAUCUAAUGAUCUGCAAACUUCUGCAAGUCUACCGUCUGAGCUUGAUAUUGCAGAUGGAAUUAUAGAGGAUGAUGUAUUGUUGGACAGACAGCUCGAUGAAUUAGAAGGAGCGGGACAAUUUGCUGACAAUUUAUGUACUCUUAGCUCUACAAAACAGAAAAAGAGAGUCAGAAAAACUAAAGCCAAAUGGAAGUUGCCAACCGAAGCUCAAGAGCUGGAACUCUGCAAUACUAAUGAAGAAAUAUCUCCCAGUUUGAACAAAUAUUGGUGUCAAAGGUAUCUAUUAUUUAACAAAUAUGAUGAUGGUAUAAAGAUGGACGGAGAAGGAUGGUUCUCAGUUACUCCAGAGGCCAUAGCCAAGCAUCAUGCACUUCGCUGUGGUUCUGGUACUAUAGUGGAUCUCUUUACUGGAGUUGGUGGGAAUUCAAUUCAAUUUGCUAUGAGGAGUAAGCAUGUCAUUGCAAUCGACAUUGAUCCAAAGAGAAUAGACUUAGCUCAAUAUAAUGCUGCCAUCUAUGGAGUUCGUGACCAGAUAGAUUUUAUUAGAGGUGAUUCUUUUGUUUUGGCUCCUAAUUUGAAGGCGGAUGUAGUCUUUAUGUCACCACCUUGGGGGGGACCAGACUAUUUGAAGGAAAGAACAUUUGACAUGAAAACCAUGCUUAGGCCGCAUGAUGGGAACUUCCUCUUCAGCAUUGGCAGGGGAAUUGCCUCCAAAGUUGUCAUGUUCCUCCCAAGAAAUGUUGAUAUCAAUGAGUUGGCAGAAUUGUCACUGUCCGCGAAUCCACCAUGGUCAUUAGAGGUGGAGAAGAAUUACUUAAAUGGCAAAUUGAAGGCCAUUACAGCAUACUUCUGUAAACCUUCCUGAUAAGCUGUGGUUGCAUAAAUUUGGUAAUCUCUUUCGCUACAUCAGAUUGAUUACGUCCCAAUUUUUAGGAAUAGCCGACUUUCUUGGUUUUUCAUGUAUAUUAGCCCAUGGAUCUGGCGUCAAGAUACAUGUGAAUUACUCCAGAUACAUGUAUCUAGUGUGAUUCACAUGUAUCUGAUAUACAUACGAAUCUCGCUCGCCUAUAUCUCGAUUGUGUGUAUCUAGUAGCAAAAAUACAUGUAUCUAAGUGUAUGAUACGUAGGAAACUCUUAAUUAGUGAUAAGAUAAGUAAUAUGUACGAAUCUCCCUCGCCUAUCUCUCGAUUUUGUGUAUCUACUAGCAAAAAUGCAUGUAUGUAAGUGUUCGUAGGGAACUCUUAAUUAGUGGUAAGAUAAGUAAUAUUUACGAAUCUCGCUUGCCUA